AUGGCUGCACCGGUGACGACUGCGACGACUGCACAACGCUCGACGGUGACUAUUACGACGUCCAAGAAGAAACUCAUCUCGCGACAACGGCUGAGGAAGUACUCUUGGCUUCCGGAUGUGUUGCGGCUCAAGGGCAGCAUUGUGCCCCGCAUCAUUGGGCCCGUUUUGACCGUCACGCUCUUCGCGAGCGGUGCGGCGUAUUUUGGGAACCGGGGCACGGACCUCUCGCUCACAAACCAGGUGGUUCCUCUCUUGUCCGUCGUCGUCGGCUUGAUACUAGUGUUUAGGAACGGCACGUCUUACGAUCGGUACUAUGAGGGACGAAAAGACUUUGGGACAAUGGUCUCACACAUCCGCAGUCUGACGCGCUUAAUCUGGAUCAACGUAUGCGUGCCCCCUACGGACGACGUCGCCAAAGGCAAGACACCCAAUGCCACACUCACGGCUGCCCAGCUCCGCCGGAGGAAAGUCGACGCACUCAAGCUGUGCGUGGCCUUCGCCUUCGCGGUCAAGCACUAUUUGCGCGGUGAGGACGGGGUGGACUGGGACGACUAUGCGGGGGUUAUGCCCGCGUCCAUCGCGCGUUUGGUGCGGAACGGGGCCGCGGAGCGCGGUGCGCAGUCGUACAUGUCGUACUCUGCCACAGCACGCACGUCUGUGAGUACCAGUGGUACCGGGACGCCCGCCGAGGACCAGAGCCAGGGGGUGUGCAGCCCAUCGAUGGACGCCACGAAGAGGGUGCGUGUGAAGAGGAGCAAGGACAAACUGCAGCAGGUAGCGGUAAAGUCGCCGAAGACGCCACUGCUCGGUGCUGCCUUGCAUCAAACGAUUGACUUCAACGCCAGUCCUGAACAGCUGUCGACGCCGCUUCCAUUGAUAAUUGCGCACGAAAUAUCUCGUACCGUAUUCCUCUGGAAACGUGAUGGCUAUCUCGAGACCGUCGGCCCCGCCGGCAAGUAUCUCUGUACUAACGCGCUGAAUGCCCAUGUCCAGGGCAUGGUGGAUAUGCUAACCGCCAUGGAACGAGUGGCAAAUACGCCCAUACCGAGAUCUUACAGCAUUCACCUCAAGCAAUGUGUUACGCUCUACUUAUUCGUGCUUCCAUUCACACUCAUUAAAGAGCUCGGAUGGAGCAUGGUCCCCGUUGUGACUAUUGUCGCGUUCACCUUGAUGGGGAUUGAGGGAAUUGCGGAUGAGAUUGAGAUGCCCUUCGGCUUGGAUAAAUCCGAUCUCCCUCUAGAGCGCUACUGCGCCGACCUCAAAGAGGAGAUUGAAUACGUCGUCGAAAGAUUGCCGGAGGGUGGAGAGGGAAUGUACGGCAUUGACGAUGGUGAAGGGGAUGAUUAG